UAAGAGCGGUAACGUAAAAUUCAUGGCUUUGUGCAGGUGUACUUGUUAAAUUUAAAGAUAUUUCUCAUCAUUAUUUUAAAUUAUCUAGUCUAGUUGAUAAAGUUACUUUAAUAGUGCCUGUUUUAUAACGAAUUCAUAAAACGCUUCGGUUUGAAGUAAAAGAAACGUUGCAUAAAUAUAUUUUUACUGACACAUUUGCAAGACGCCAUAUUGUGUCACGUUUUUAUCAUUGGUGAAUUUAUUUGUCUGAAAAAUAAUAUAGCGUGCUGCUGAAAUAAAAUAUUCAUUUAAAUACAAAGCGUCUCAACUAUGAAUUCUAGUAACAGAGAAAAACGUCCACGAGAAUCCUGUAAUACACCUAAAUCAUUUGUCCAGAAUGUAAAAUCUAAAAUGUCGGAAUUGUUACCAAAAACAAUAACCAAGUGGUUUAGCAGUCCAAGUUCUUCCAGUGCUAAUGGAUCAGCAACAUUAGUUGAAGUGAAUGACUCAUCAACAGAAGAUGAAGGAACAGACUGUACAUUAAACUCACCACCAAAAAAGCGUUUGCGUCGUAGCCUUUCUGUAAACGACCAUUUUAUGGACAUUCAGACUAAAUGUACAAGCACAAAUACUGAUGCAGCUGACAUUGUUCAGAGUCCUCCUAUAAUAUAUUCAUCAAUCAAGUGUAAGUAUCACAAAGGCGAUCCAAAAUUCAUGUCAACCCCUCUCCAUGCCAAGCACAAUGAAUCGACACUUAAAAGCUCUGAAGUGGUAAAGAGAGUAUCUCAAAUACUUAAACAUUCAUUGUAUUCGAGUGAAACAUUAAUGGCCAAGGCACAGGAGUCCUUAUUUAACUCUUUUACAAAUUACGCCCAUAUUGAAGGUAAUUCUCACAGUGAACAAUACAAGGAUGAUGACUCUUAUAAUAAAUCCUCAUUACUUGGUUCAACAUUCUAUCCUGGCCAAACAAUAUAUGGCGGAACAAACAGCCCCAUUAAUUCUAAAGCCACCAAUGAUAAUAAUGGAAUGACAGAGCUCAAUAAAAAUAACAGCAGUAGAGGGCGUGACACGGGUAGAUCUACUAAACACUUAUUGGAUUUAUUAGAUAGCUAUGCUUCCCCAUUGGUUGAAGCAAGAAGGAUAUCACAAUAUGUUAAUCAAGAUAGCAGUUUCAAUACUUCAAAGGCUAAUACCGAUUGCAAGAAGGUUAUUUCAUACAAAACAAAGGAGCUCGCAAUCCCUAGUAUGGCAAGCGUAAUAAGUUUAAAGAAAAAUACUUGUGUCCUGGAUAUAACAAGUUCAGCGAGACAGCUAGCAGCUUCUCAUAGUUCAACAAAUGUGUCGCCUUAUCCAGUGAAGACAACAAGUUCCCAGUGGAAAAAUCCUAAUUUCGUAACAAAAAUAAAAAAUACGAGACUUAAGAGUAAAGCAGAGAAUAUAAAUAACUAUGUAUCACCUGCGCCUCUAGAUUUGCCGCCAGCUGUGUUACAGAUUGAGGGAAAUAAUUUACCAAAGUUUUCAUUUGAUACUCCAACUUCGAAGAAACAAGACACUCUUAGUGCUAGUCCAAUAUUGCACACACCCGUUAACACUGAAGAGAAUAUUAACAUGCCUGAGGAUUUAAAUUUACAAAGUCCAAUCAUUAGCUUUCCUACUAAGAAAAGUAAGUCUAAAAGACGUAGUUGCUAUUCAUUUUCAAAACCAGUUACAGUUUCGAGUGAAUCUAUUAACAAUAAAUUACCAAAAUAUACUUUUAUAAGACCCGAGAGAAGUGUUGAUGUAACAAAAAUUGAUGAUACAAAAACUGACUCUAUUUCAUCUAUUGUAGGUACAUCCCGGAAAAAUGAUUUAGCUAGUACUAAUAUAUCAAACUGGAAAUGCAAUGAUUGUUGGGUAUCCAACAAACCUGAUGAGAGCAAGUGUGUGUGUUGUGGUGGUAAGAAACCAGUAACAGAAGAAACAACAGACAAAAAUAAUUGUUCUGCUUGUCUGGUUAACAAAUGCUUAGAGUCAUCUGAUUUAUGUACUGCUUGUAAAAAAAAUCAAACAAAUAACAUAAUAAAAUCUGAUUUGUCUAAAUGGAAAUGUAAUGACUGCUGGGUAAGCAACAAUUCUACUGAAGAUAAAUGUGUAUGUUGUGGAGGAGAGAAACCAGGCACAUUAUCAUCAUCAUCAGAAAAAUAUAGAACUGAACCAUCUAGUAUGCUAAAGGUUGGAACUUCAUCUAAAUGGAAAUGUGAAGAUUGUUGGGUUAGCAAUGAUGAUCAUAUAGACAAAUGCCUCUGCUGUGGGGCGACAAAUCCUGCUCAUAAAACUGAUGUUAUAAAGUCUUCUGAUAAGGGAUGGAAGUGUAAUGUUUGCAUGCUUGAGAAUUUCUCUAAGGUAGAGAAAUGCAUAGCAUGUUUAACAUCAAACCCUGAUUCAAGCUCUGCCAGUAAAAUACCCCAAAAUUCUACAAAACCCAAUUUCCAAAGUAGUUCUAAUGAUCCACUUAAAAAAAUCAUAAAAAGUCAAUCACAAAAGUGGGAAUGUCAAUAUUGUCUUGUGCAUAAUGAUAAUGAUAAAAGCCGUUGUGUAUGCUGUGAUUCUGAGAAACCUGGUGCUACCAAGCAGUCAGGGUCGAAAUUUAAUUUCGGCAUAUCCCCAAACAUCUCAUUUAAAUUUGGCAUAGAUCCAAAGAUGACUGAGAAGGAAAAGGUUAACGAAGAUAAAUCCCAUGUUAAGGGAACAAAUAAUAAUGAGAUACCUAAAGCUACAUUCACUUUUGGCAUUCUGUCAAACCAAACAAAUAAUGUAGUUAAUGAGAACGAGCAGGCCAAGAUAGGCUCUCCAAUACAAGCACCCACUUUAGCAAUAUCCACAGAGUCCACCAUGCCAGUGAAAAUAUCGUUUGCUUUUGGUAUACCCAAGGAUACAAAAAGCGAGUCAGUUAAUAAGGAGAGCAUAGAAUCAUCAGUAUUUGCAUCAAAAUCAGAGAAGAAAAUAAAUGAAAAUCCCCAAGAAGUGCCCAAUGUGGAGUCGGCAAAUUGUCUGCAAUUCUCAUCAAAAUUAUUUACUUACCCUCAAGAACCAUCUGUGCAGACUUCACAAGCAACAGCAACCUCUGGAACAUUGUUAGAAAAUUCUGCUGCAAAUAUAUCUUCAAUACCUGUCACUAUUUCUGCGAGUAGUUCAGCUAAUUUCUUCAAACCUGCAUCAUCAACAGUUGACUCUACAUCUUUCAUCCAACCAGCUGAUACUUCAGUUAAUUUUAUAACACCUCCAUUAUUUCAAAAGAAUACUAUUCAACAGUCUUCAACUUCUUCAUUAUUUCAAAAAACGAAUGCACAGAUGCAAGCUCAACCUACUGCAUCGGUAUCGCCCUUCUCAGUAGGUUCUGGGACUAUUGCAACAACUGUAAACAGUACUACUACACAGUCUUCUUGUUCCUCUGCACCAGUAUUUAGUUUUAAAUCAAAUAAUCAGAUGUUGCAAACUGAGAAACCCAAAUUCAAUUACACAUUUGGUGCCAAUAGAGAAACUACUACAAACAUAUUUACUUCUAGUAUUGAAAUUAGACCAGAUAAUCUCUCAUCACCUACUACAAGCGAUCCCAAUAUCGCUUCGCCACAAGGUAGAAGUGCCUUUCAAACCAAUAUUUUUUCAAAUAUUGGUAACCAUACAACUAGUGGAACCGUUGUGGGUGAUAACAGUGAAAAUUCUGCAAGUACCGAUAUGUUAAGUGGAUAUAAUAAUAUGUCACAAACAAAUACAAGAAUAAGAUCUAGUAUGUCAUCUGAAUUUCUGAGUUCGAGAAAUAGUUUGACAACAAACUUGCCAUUAUCAUCAGAAUCUAAUAGAAGCACAACAACUGAAUCUAGUAUGUUAUCUGAACCAUUGAGUGCUAGAAAUACUUCGCCAAUGACUUUACCAGCGCAAUCUACAGAAUUACCGACACAACCACAAGGAUUAUUUGGAGCACCUUCACCAGGGCCAGCUCAUGAGCCUAGUAAUAAUAGUACAUGGUCAUCAAACAAUAUUGUAGGUACCAAUUUAUUUGCAAAUUCUAAAUCAAGCAAUAUUAUGCAAAAACCAGUCACAUUUUCAUUCGGAAACAAUAAUAUGUCAUGCAAUGUAAACAUGGUUAAUAAUUCUAGUCCACUUUUUGGGGGAAGCAGGCCAUCAGCGAAUUCUUUCAUGUUGCCUAAUCAGAGUACAAAUAAUUCAUCGACUCCAUCAAUGUUUUCAACUCCUUUGCCAAACCAGACCCCAAAUAUGUUUGGAACUGGUUCUCUACAACCGCCGAAUAAUACACCACCUGGCCAGUCUACAUCAGGGUUAUUUGGGCAACAAAAUGUAAAUCAAACAUUUGGAAACAGUUCAAAUCCAUUGGGCUCAGCAGCAUUCACUUUUGGAUCGCAACCUGCCCCUGGACCUGGAAUUUGGAAUCCAUCCGGAUCUGGAUUUGGUCAGCCACCACAGGGGCAGCAGGUGCAGCAGGUGCCGCAGGGGCAGCCGGGACCGUCGGGGCAGGGCGGGCAGGCGGGCGGGGUGUACAGCUUCGGGUCGCCUCAGGUGCAGUUCUCGGUUGGCAGUGCGCCCAGCGUGGCUACGCGCCGCGUGCGCAAGGCCGUACGCCGCACGCAGCGAUGAGCCGCGCCGCCCGCCGCCUCGCACGGCUAGUGACCUUGUGGGGCAGACGGACACGCGUGUGCUGUGUUCACGCGCUCUUGUGUAGUGAAUCGAUGCUCGUGAACUAGAUGUUAUUGUUCUCCGUAAACUUUUAAAGCAGGUUCUUAAGUACGUGAGAACGUACCGCGUAGUUAGUUUUAUAGGGUUGCAUGGUCGAAAUAGUUUAUAUUAUAGAUAAUUGAAUAUUUCAUAAUGGGUUAUUUCAAUACUAUUAUUACAAAAUUUGUAUAUCUGUAUCGAGAAUAUGAAUGUUCAUUUUGCAUGCCACGGAAAAAUAUAUAUUGAUAAAUGCAAAAAGAAAACACAGCUUCUUGGUUGUUAAAAUAUAACUCAAUAGUUAGUAUUGGAUAAAAUGUAAGAUACUGUUAUAGGUAUAUGUAGUUGAUAGAAAUCCAGUAUUUUUAUUAUAAAAUAUGCAUUUAUGUACAUGAAUUUAUGAAUGUUUUGAUUUCAUAUUCAUGUUAUUCAUCAAUAAGUUGUUAUAUAUGAAUGAUUCGUAAACCAACUAAAAAAUAUUUUAAUACGUAUCCAUACGUGAUCGUGGGGAUUACUAUUUUGUUUGUCAUCACCUUUGUGUGUCUAGCAGGAAAAAUAAAUAAAUGUGUAAAACAUUAAAAUAGUUUGUAUACAUUCACUACAGUACAUAUACAUUCACUUUCCUUUUUAUGCAUAUAACUAAGAAAUUUUGUGAGGCAAUGGAGAAGUUUCCUUUGGUAACAAAUGUAAUUGAAAUAACUGGCUUAAAAAACGUGACUUCUUAAAUUUAUAAAUCUAUAAGGAUUUUUGUAGUAUUUUGCGUAUUUAAUAACGCACGCGAAUUAUCCGCAAGUGUCCUUUUCAUGCAAGUAUUUAUUGUAAUGCGUAGAAAACGCUCUCGGAACUCGAGCAAAUAACCUGGAUAACAGCAAAAAUUAUUUUCGACAUGCGGACAAUCCCACGUGCGUGAUUAAAUCCCUACGAUAUAUAAAACACCCUUAUCCUUUCUAUUACCAUAAAGUACUUAUCGAUAUAAAAAAAAUGAACAGUGUUUUUUUGUUUGUCCUUUCAUCUCCGUGGUUUUAUGUGAUUUGCGUUGGAGGGAGUUAGGAAUUUUGUAUAUAAAUUUGAUAGGGGCGCUAGUUUAAAAACUAACCUAUCUACUAAUAUUCUAUUCUACUCACUUUCUCACCAGACAUAAAUACCAUGGAAUCCGUUAUAACAAGAUGUAAACGAACAAAAAACAUUUACUGAAUUUUAUUUUGUCCCGGGUCGACUGGGGCGGAGCUGUGACGACCGGCUACGCAAGU